AUGGCAAAAGCAGCUCGCAGCAAAACAGCCCAUGUGUCAAACGCUGAUCAAAGCUCCGCUUUGACGCAGGUAACCACUCCUGGGAGGCGAGGCCGCGAGUCUGAAAACGAAGUCGACAUCUGGGACAUACCCAUCAGCCCAGAUCCCAAUGUACCAGAGCGCAAAAGUGCACGGAAGGCUGCUCCAGCUUCAGUUACCAAAGUGUAUGGCAAGCGGAGGAAAACUUCUCACCAAUCGGUUGAUUUUGAAGACAGCAGAUAUGCUGAUCCGGAACCCCCAUCACCAGCGACACCAGUCGCCAAACGAGCGCGGCAUAAUGACCAGACCUUCUUGAUCGGAGCAACAACUAUGAACAGCCUUGUCUCGGUAAAUAUUCCAACGACCAUGAACCAAGUUGGAUCUACAACCAUGUCGGCCCUGAAGAAGCCUAAGACAGCCGUUGGAAAAUACGGCUGUCGUCAAGUACAGGAUCCGUCAACAGAAGCCGUCGAUCUGGACAGUGUGAGCUUGAUCACUGUCCCUGUAAGCGACGAUAGGGGCCACCCAACUCGCGUCAAUGCCAAGUGCCCCCGCGAUCAUUCCAGUGGCUUAGAGACCGAUACCCAGUUUGCAGAUACGCAGAAGGAUACUCGGAUUGAGGUCAAUUUGUCCCAAGGUUUGAGCUCCAGUGAGAAGCAAGCAUAUCGGAUUUUCAAUCUAUCUGGAGAUUCAGAUUCAGCAGAGGCCAUGAACAGCUCAUCGCUGGCGCUUCCAGUGCCUACAAAAGGCGGGAGAGAUUUGAGUAGAUCCAGUGGUGAUGCCACGGAAGCUGUGGCGACACCAAGCGCGUAUGCGGGCUCUUCGGCUCGCCGAACGGCCGAAAAUAGCGACCUACCCUCCACUGAAAUUCCAAUGCCUCCUCCAUCUACAUCGAGCACGCGAGGGCGGAAGAGGAAAUCAGCCGCAAUACCCACGUCCUCCCCAGACAUUAUCUCAGGGAAUGUCACAAGAUCCGCUAAAAAACGAAAAUUUGGGGCUGCCAAUGAUUAUGAGCUUGGAGCACAUGAUGAGACAACUGGUCACAGUCCGUCGGUUCCGCGUUCUUCGCGCCCGAGGUCAUCAGCUCUCGAAUCUCUGCCUGAUACACAACCACCUCCCGGUGGCUUUCAGGUUCCGCAGUUGCAAGAGAACCCUACUCCCGCCAUCAAUGCUACAGAUGUACCCUCAAGAGAAGUGGACUUGCCUAUGCAAGAAACUGGGCGGAACCUGGAUCCUAUUUUAAUCUCUUCUGGUCAAGAGGCACCACCGGAAGAGCCUAUAGUUGUGCACGAACCAUUAGUUCAGACGCAGAAGAAAAGAGGUCGCAAGAAAAAGGAGGUGCAAAAACCGCCGGAAGUUUUCCCUAUACCUGUUGAGGCUGAGCCAACAGUGGACAAUGGAGAUACACCUUUCUUCCCUAAGGAGGGCACUCCGAUACUGCAGUCUACUGAGACACCCGAGGCAAAGCCUAAAAGGAAAAGAGGGAGACCUAAAAAGUCUGCGGCUAAAGUUGAUAAUACGUCAACCGAUGCUUCAGUCGUCAUAUUAGAGAACGACUCUGCCGAGGUUGAAGGAAUCUUAGACGAUACUCCUCGUCCACAUGGCAAUGCCAAGGGCACAAGCAACAACCGAGGCGAUCAUUCCAAGGGCCGCCAGAAGAAGGAGUCAAGCGAGCCCGAUGCACGAGACGACAUGGGCACAAGCAACGGGUGUUCCCGACAAAAAAACGGGAGCGAGGAAAAUUUACCUGCCAUUGAUGCCGCACAAGCGAAUAUACAGACGAACCAAAACGAUGAGGAUAUCAAGGAUGGAGAGCUUCUGAAGCCUUCGGUCUCAGCCGAGCCAAUAAAAAAGGAGGCAGCCAGCUGCAGUCGAAUUGGAAACCAGGCUGGCAAGGCUACUUACAGGGUGGGGUUGAGUAAGAGAUCACGAAUUGCGCCUUUGCUCAAGUCAUUGCGCAAGUGA